AUGGCAGCCGCACAUGCAAUAAGUGCAGAUGAUGAUCAUCAUUCACACGAUGAAGAUGGUGACGCAAACGGAAAGAGAAGAAGAGUUCAAAGGGCAUGCGAUGUUUGUAGAAAGAAAAAGAUUCGUUGUGAUGGUUUACAACCGGAAAAGGGAGCAUGCAGCAACUGCGCUUCGUAUGGCCACGAAUGCACAUUCAUCGACGCCACCAAACGUCGUGCCCCACCAAGAAGCUAUGUGAUCGCACUAGAGGCAAGGAUGGAAAGGGCAGAAAAGCUCAUCACUCAAUUACUACCAAGCAUCGAUCUAACAAAAGCAAUCGGACCUAUGCCUGAAUUGCCAAGUGAAGGUAAAAAGGAAGAAGACGGACCAUCCAAUCCUCCCUCAUAUGUCUCUUCAAUGGGCAACGACAGACAACAAGAAUCGAAUCGGUUCGGCAUGCCAUCACAGCAGCAACAAACAGGUUUGCCUUUGAAUAUGCAUCAAGGAGAGUCAUCCGAUAUGACCAAUACAACCGUUGAUAGCUGGCAAGACGAAGAUGAUGAAUACGAAGAAAUCGGAGAAGAAGAAGAUGCAGCAUUUAUUCGGGUCAUGAUGGAUAAAGUUAAUAUCGCUCAUUCCGAACCAGACGCAAUCAUUGCUGCUUUCAAUAAGAAAGGCGGAAAGGAAAUAUACGAAUUCGAUAAUCGAGAUGAUGCUACAGGACGAACGAUUGCAAGACCAUCAAUCACAGAUGGUGCAAAUGAUGCACCUUUGUUGUUCUAUGGAAAAGCAUCUGGAUUCCAUAUCGUACCGCAUCUGAACAGAAUACUAAAGGAAGAGAACGGAAAUAGUAUGUACAAUUCUCACUCACCCAGCUCCGAUCUUACGCCAUCUUUCUCCGAUUUCGGUUUACCGGAUGAAUCUGAUUUGGAUCUUUCCAGUAUUGCGUUCAAUUGGCCUUCAAAAGAAUUAGAAGAAAAGUUGAUUCAAUUGUACUUUGAACGUGCAAAUCCACAAUAUCCAAUCUUAAACGAAAUCGUCUUUAAGAAGCAAAUGCAAAGGCCGGAUUGGAAGACAGAUAAUGAAUUGAUCAUGUUGGCUUUGGGUGUUUUUGCAACUGCUUCUCGUUAUUUGACCGAUGCAGAGAUUAAAGUUAUGCCAAACUUACCUGCAGAUGGUGAACAUUGGGCGCAUUUACUCAAACAUUUGCUAGAACGAAGUCUAGUUCCGAUCAGCUCAAAGAUUACGUAUAUCCAGAUUAUGCUGCUGUGCACAAUUUACAUCAUCGCAACGCCAAUGGGUUUCCGAUCGUUUGCUUGGAUCUGUUUGGGUGUCGUGGUCAGAUUAUUACAAGAUAUGGGAGCACACCGAAAAUUCACAGCAACAAGCAGCAACUUUGCACUCUUGACGGAAGAGACGUAUCGCCGACUAUGGUGGUCAGCCUAUGUAAUUGAUCGCCUGAUGAGUGCCGAUAUGGGAAGACCGGUGUCAAUACAAGAUGAAGAUAUUGAUUUGGAUGACAUUCUUGUUGUGGAUGACCAAUAUGUGUACGAAGCGAAUGAGAGAGGUGUUCCUGCUGAACAACCGGCCGACAAACCUAGUGUAUACCAUGGCUUCUUGCAAACGCUUCGAUUGACGCAGAUUAUUGGCAGAACACUACGAACGAUUUAUGCGAUUUCCAAAUCAAAAGCCGAACGAGGCUUCAUUGGCAAGAAGUGGGAUUCGUACAUCGUGGCAGAGAUUGAUAAAUCGUUGAACAAAUGGCUAGAGAACGUUCCUGCUCAUUUAGCCUAUUCUCCAAGUGAGGUCAACACAGAAUGGCUUGUGCAAAGUUCACGAAUCUUUUUGAUUUACUAUUCUACUCAAGCAUUGGUUCAUCGACCGUUCGUUCAACGAUACAAAUUGGCAACUCCUAUGAGCUUCCAUUCGCUUGCAAUCGUUUCCAAUUCGGCCCGAUCAGGAAUCCACAUUAUGUCCAAUUUAACAGACCGUGGCAUUGGAUCAUUGAUUGGACCAGAAGCUGUAUUGAGGGUUUUCAUUUUCAGCAGUAGCUUACUGUUGAUUAGUUAUAGCGCUGCACGAAAGAGUUACAAUGUUUCAAGUACUUUGAUCGGCGAUGUGAUGAAAGGUUUGGAAUCGUUAAAGAAGCUGCAAAACACAUGGAAGAUUAGUAGACGAUUUGCAAACAGAUUAGAGCAUAUUUUAAAGCACACGGAUAUCUCGAAUGGCAUUGAAGACGCAUCAAAUGGCGCUUCGUUCCAUGCUACCGGAAAGCGACAACAUGAAGAUGAAGGUGUACGACAACAACAGCAACAAAUUGAUUCACUUUUGCAACAGCAAAGUACGCUUCAUGUAGGAUCAAGAGAGAUUCGAGGAAUGAAGUCGAAUCCAAAUUUAGCAAGCAUUGCUACCAAAUUGCCACUCUCGACGACUGAAUUACAAGGUGCAUUUGGAAAUUCGCCUAGUUCAGCUCUUGAUCAAGUUGCUGCACUUUCUGGUUGGCAGCAAAAUGAUGCAGUCGGUCUUGAUGCACAAAUGUCUUCUCUCACAUCAUCGGGAAUAUCCAAUUCUACCAUAUUCGCUACUGUUCCUGCACCUGAUCCAAAUUUCACCAGUACUGGAAAUGGUCCAUCAAACUUUGCCUCUGCGCAAGCGAACAUGCAAGGUUCCAAUCAGCCAAUCUUUACUGCUUAUCCAGAAUUAUUCGCAAGUAACACUUCUUUUGCUGAUAAUUCAAAUAUGAUGGGAGGCCGAUCAGUGUUUGGCAAUGAACAAGGUGCGGGUAUGCUGGAUCCCAAUGGUGCUUUGAGGAAUGAUGCCUUCUUUGGAGGUUCAACAGCUUUGCCUACGCCAGGAUUCGAAUUGAAUUCUUCUAUGUUCGGUUCGGCGGGCGGCGGUAUUGGCAUGACCGGAAGAGAUUCUCAAGGAUGGAACGAACAACAACAGCAACAACUACAAGCAAACUUAGCCAAUCAAAGUGAUCCGACCGGAACCGAACCUGGUUUUAGUAACACAAAUAACAGGAUAAUGACAAAUGAUCCUCUUGAUGCUCUUUCAAAUUUGAAUAGCUUUUGGAGUGAUUCAGAUUGGAUGCGUGCUAUACAGAAUACGCAACAAUGA